UUUAGCAAACUUUAUAUAUACCGCCCUUUGCACCUUUAUUCACUCGCUGCUAGUGGUAGUGUUUUUCUGCCUGUAAUGCUUGUCAACUCAAACACUAAUUCACUAAUGGCUUACUGCAGUACUUUAUCUCGCAAAACCCCCUUCUCCACACUACUUUCUGUCGACAUCUGAGUCACUCUACAGUCCAUACAUAAAAGGUAAAGGGCUUUUUAUAUAUGUAGAUAUUACAAGUCCCUAAAGCUCGUAAAAUUCUCAAUUCUAUAAGGUCAAAAUGAUCACUAUGGCACGUAUCAGUCAGUACUUGCAAACUAUGUCCCUUGUCAACUCCGUCGCUGUUGUUGGCUUAUCCUUCUUGUUCUUGUUGAUUUUCCUUAAAAGAAUUGUGCUAUCAGGUCGCAAGAUGGGAUCUACCAGCCUCCCAACUGUCCCAGAGGUACCAGGGUUACCGAUUAUAGGAAAUUUGCUGCAGCUGAAAGAGAAGAAACCUCACAAGACUUUCACAAAAUGGGCAGAGAUUUAUGGACCAGUCUAUUCUAUCAGAACCGGUGCUUCUACUGUUAUCGUUAUCAAUUCUCCAGAAACGGCCAAAGAGGCCAUGGUGACCAGGUUUUCAUCCAUUUCAACAAGGAAGCUAUCGAACGCCCUGAAGAUUCUCACUUUUGAUAAAUGUAUGGUUGCAACAAGCGACUACAACGAGUUUCACAAGAUGGCGAAACGAUAUUUACUAACAAAUACUUUGGGUUCAAAUGCUCAGAGGCGACACCGAAACCACAGAGAAACUAUGAUCGAAAAUACAACAAGCCAAUUGCAUGCUUUGGUGAAGGAAGAUCCUCUCCGACCUAUCAACUUCAGGAAAAUAUUCGAGUCUGAACUUUUUGGAUUGGCAAUGAAGCAAGCUUUGGGGAAGAACGUGCAAUCAAUUUAUGUGGAGGAGCUUGGUACUACUUUGUCAAGAAAAGAGAUACAUAAAGUUUUAGUUAUUGACAUGAUGGAGGGUGCAAUUGACGUAGAUUGGAGAGAUUUCUUCCCGUACUUGAAAUGGAUUCCAAACAAAAGUUUUGAAAUGAGUAUCCAGCAAAAGCAUUUCAGAAGAAUGGCAUUGAUGAAUGCCCUGAUAAAGGAGCAGAUGAAGCGAAUUGAUUCAGGGGAGGAAGUGAAUUGUUAUCUUGAUUACCUGUUAUCCGAAGCAAAGACACUUACAAAGGAGCAAAUAGCAAUGUUGCUCUGGGAGACAAUCAUUGAAACAGCAGACACUACUUUGGUCACAACAGAGUGGGCAAUGUAUCAGCUUGCUAAAGAUUCAACUCGGCAGGAUCGUCUCUAUCAUGAAAUGGAAAAGGUUUGUGGUUUUAACAAGGUUAAGGAGGAAAAUUUUUCGCAAAUCCGAUACUUGGAUGCUGUUUUCCAUGAGACCCUUAGGAAACACAGUCCAGCUCCUCUAGUUCCUUUAAGAUAUGUACAUGAAGAUACCCAAAUAGGAGGGUAUUAUAUACCAGCCGGAAGUGAGAUUGCUCUUAACAUUUAUGGCUGUAACAUGGACAAGAAUCAUUGGGAAAACCCUGAAGAGUGGAACCCAGAGAGGUUUCUUGAUGAGAAGUACGACCCUUUGGAUUUGCACAAGACAAUGGCAUUUGGAGCGGGAAAGAGGGCAUGCGCAGGUUCUCUUCAGGCGAUGUUGCUAGCUUGUGCUGCAAUAGGUAGGUUGGUACAGGAAUUUGAGUGGAGACUCAAAGAUGGAGAAGAGGAAAAAGUUGAUACAGUUGGACUGACCUCUCAGAAGCUGCAUCCACUGUUUGUAAUCCUAAAACCAAGAAAUUGAGAGGGAAUACCCUCAGCUUUCUUAAUUUCCAUCCUUCAAGAUUGUUAAUUAAGCCUCUUUAAUGCACAAUACUUUGAACUGUUUUGGACUACACAUAUCACAACUUCGUCGCUGCAGUAAAACAAUUACGACUUGAGCUAUAAUGACUAUCAAAUCUCUAUGUGAAAAAAUGGGUUUACUUUGAUGCAUCAUCAAUGUAUUAUGCAAGUAGCAAUUAACCAUGUCUUGCAAAACUAAUGCAUGCCUUCAGAUCCGGGCCAAAUAAUUACUUCU